GUCUUUAUUCAUUUUCAGAGCAACAAAAUUUAGUUAUCAGAGACACAGAGCAGGAUAAGCAAAAACAAGACCUUGCAAUCCCACAAAUCAGGAGAAGAAGAAGAAGAAGACGAAAACACAAAUGGCUGCUGCUCAACCUCCCACCAUUCCUCUUCUUACACCUUACAAGUUGGGAAAGUUUGAUCUUUCUCAUAGAAUUGUUUUGGCACCGUUGACUCGACAAAGAUCAUUUGGAAAUGUCCCUCAGCCACAUGCCAUCUUAUAUUAUUCACAGAGGACCACCGAAGGGGGUCUUCUCAUUGCUGAAGCAACUGGAAUAUCUGAUACGGCUCAGGGGUAUCCAGAAACGCCUGGCAUAUGGACAAAAGAGCAAGUUGAAGCUUGGAAACCCAUUGUAGAUGCCGUUCAUCUGAAAGGGGGUAUCUUCUUUUGUCAGAUUUGGCAUGUGGGACGAGUCUCUAAUAGUGGUUUUCAGCCAAAUGGCCAAGCUCCAAUCUCCAGUACAGACAAGCCACUAACCCCCCAAAAACGAGCUAAUGGCAUUGAUGUUGCACAAUUCACACCUCCAAGACGGCUUAGAACAGAUGAAAUUCCUGGAAUUAUCAAUGAUUUUAGACUUGCUGCAAGAAAUGCAGUGGAAGCAGGUUUUGAUGGAGUUGAGAUCCAUGGGGCUCAUGGCUACCUUAUCGAUCAGUUUCUGAAAGACCAAGUGAACGACCGAACAGACAAAUAUGGUGGAUCCCUGGAGAACCGUUGUCGGUUUGCAUUAGAAGUCGUGGAAGCAGUUGUUAAUGAGAUUGGGGCAGAUAAAGUUGGAAUUAGACUAUCUCCAUUUGCUGCCUAUAUGGAAUCAGGAGACUCAGAUCCAAAUGCUUUAGGCCUUCAUCUUGUUCAAUCCUUGAACAAAUAUGGAAUCUUAUAUUGCCACAUGGUUGAGCCGAGAAUGAAGCAGGUUGGAGAAAUUAGUCAAACCUUCGACAGCCUUCAACCCAUGAGAAAGGCUUUUAAUGGUACCUUCAUUGUUGCCGGUGGUUAUACCAGGGAGGAUGGUAACAAGGCUGUGGCUGAAAAUCAUGCGGAUCUUGUCGCCUAUGGUCGUUGGUUCUUGGCUAAUCCAGAUUUGCCAAAGAGAUUUGAGCUCAAUGCUCCUCUAAAUAAGUAUAACAGAGACACAUUCUAUAUACCUGAUCCUGUUGUUGGUUACACUGAUUAUCCAUUUCUUGAAACUGCCAAUUAGUUACUUGAAAGGCUGAAUUUGAAUGAUUUUAAUAUAAUUGUCUGUCAUACCCGUAUCAGUUUUUUGUGCUUUUAAUUUGUGCAAGAAACUAUAGUUAGGCAAGAGUUGUUCCAUUUGAUGGUACUAUUUUAUUUGUUAUCAACUUAUUAUGUUUUUGAUUCAAACUGGAUUGAGGCUU